AUGCCUUAUCUUUCUCAAUCCCAUGAUCAUUGAAGUGUAUCCUAAUGUCAAAUCCACUCAGCUGUAAGUCAAUGGACAAUUUUUUCUUAAUUAAACGCUCCAUAUCAAGCCAAAAUAUUUUGGUAUGUAUCAAAAGGAAAAAUAAGUGAAAAAUUGUUUCCUUUUCACCUUUACAGAAAUUAUUUUUGCCCACAUUCAUUUUCCACAUGUCUAGAACAAUUAUGUGUUUUUUUUUUUUUUAUUAAUACAGUAUAUACUUUUUUCUUGAUAUACCCCGAAAGAAUGAAAGUGAAAUGUGACAAUGUGCCCUAAACAAUGUGCAGGCUAAAAAAAUAAUAUCAGAUUUGUCCCAUUUAAAAUAAACUCCCAAAAUACAGAUGAAAAAAUAACAUAAGUAAGAAAUUUACUUUUGCUAUGGUUAAAUAAAUGUUCUGUGAUAUCAUCCAAAGAUUACAGAAUUUUGGUGCAAUUUCUUCUUUAUAUAUUGAUAUGGCAACUAGUAAAUGGAAAAGUUUUGUCAUGCUAGUGUGGAAGUAUUUUUUUUUUUUUUUUUUUAAAAGCGUGUUACAACUAGUCAGUUAGUUUCAUAAAUAUAAUUUUAGAUACCAGGGCUCUGCUUUUGACAGACAAUGGCAUCUGGUUUGUGUUGUGUAAUCAAGGUCUGAGUAUUCUGGCUCCAACAUAUCAGCUCCUCAUACAACAGAUACAGGAGUGUGAAUUCAUUGUUUGUUUUUGAAACCAUUUCUUGCAUCUAGGAACCCUCACAGAACCUUCACACGACAGUCACUGUCACUCCACCCAGCAGAAGCACUCGGACAGGACAAGAUGUCUGGAGAGAUCUUUUCCCCUUUGGAUAAUAUCUAUGACCUGGACAGUGCCAACUGCCAUCCUCUGGUGUGCCACUUGUGCCAAGAACAGUAUGAGCAUCCAUGUUUACUGGACUGUUAUCACACUUUCUGUGCCAGCUGCCUGCGCGGAAGGACUGUGGACAGCCGACUGACUUGCCCUCUCUGCGGACAUCAGUCUGUUGUGAAAGGAAUAAAUGCACUUCCUCCAGAGGAUCGACUCCUGAAGUUCUUGUUGGACAGUUCAGCAGACAGUGAGGAAACCGUGCAGUGCGCUAACUGUGAUUUGGAGUGCAAGAAACAGGAUGUGGAUGCAAUGUAUUAUUGCAACACUUGUUGCCAACCACUGUGUCGAGACUGCAGGGAGACCACCCAUAAGGCCAAGAUGUUUUCCUGCCACGAGAUUGUCUCCUUGGCAAAGCGCACCAAAGAAGCCCACAAAAAAUGUGCCCUCCAUGAGGAACUCUACAUCAUGUUUUCUACAGAGAAAAAGUCCAUGCUCUGCAUCAACUGCUUCAGAGACAUGCAAGUGGAGAACAGAGCACACUGCAUUGAUAUUGAGACAGCAUAUUUACAAGGCUGUAAAAAACUGGACCAAGCCGUCUUAGCUGUGAAGGAGCUUCAGACUUCAGCUCGAGAAGCAAUUAUUCUGCUCAAAGCCAUGAUUGGAGAGGUCAGAACCAAUGUGGAAGAAGAGGAAAGCGCCAUCUGCACUUUGUUUAAUAAUAUGCAGGAAAAACUAGCAGAGAGAAAGAAGAUCCUACUCAAAGCAGCACAAAGCCAGCAUGAGGAGAAGGAGAGAGCCUUUAAAGAGCAGUUAUCUCAUCUUGCAGCACUCCUCCCAACUCUCCAGGUUCAUCUUGUUACAUGCUCUGCCUUUCUAAGCUCUGCAAAUAAAUUUGAGUUUUUGGACAUGGGAUAUCAACUAAUGGAGAGACUAAAGAAGAUUGUAAAACUACCACACAGACUGAGACCAGCUCAAAGCAGUAAGAUAAACACAGAGUAUCGCUCUGAGUUCGCACGUUGCCUGGAGCCUCUCUUGAUGUUAGGACAACGGCGUUCACUGUCCACUACAGGGAGUGUGGCUUUAGGUCUGGGAAACGCCAGUGGACUGAUGCAAUCAUCACUUUCAGUGCAAUGUCACUCUCCAGCCAUUAGUGACAUGUCACUGUGCUCCUCGGUGGUGCGCAGGCCGACCUCACACCGUUACAUCAGCACCAAGGUUCUGCUGGCGGAGGGUGGAGAGACGCCCUUUAUGAACCACUGUUGCAACUACGAGAACAGCUACAGGACUUUACAGACCCAAAUCCAGAAGCUCAAAGACCAGGUGCAGGAGAUUCACAGAGACCUGACCAAGCACCAUUCCCUCACCAAACCCGACACCAUGAGUGAGAUUUUAGAGCGCUCUGUACAGGUGAACGGACAGAUAUCUAUAGAGUACUCCUCGGUGGAGCUCAUGCGGGCCGUUUUCGAGGAGAUCUGGGAGGAGACAUUACAGAGGGUGGCAAAUGAACAGGAGAUUUAUGAGGCACAACUUCAUGACCUGCUUCAGUUAAAACAGGAGAAUUCUUAUUUGACCACUAUCUCCAGACAAAUAGGCCCUUACAUUCGCUCCAUAGCGAAAGUGAAAGAGCGUCUGGAGCCCAGGCUGAAGGAGCCUAAAGAGCUGAAAGAUGAUCGCACAGAGAUCAUGCUGAAGCUCUAUGAGGACACACAGCCCAGUAAUGAGCUGUCCUGUAACACUGAGGACAUCUGGACUCCCAACAACCUAUCAGAAGAGACCAAUCCCAAGAACAAGGAAUACUACAGGCCGAACAAACAGAAGAACACCACUGAUACAGCCAACCGCAAAGAGAUACCAGUGUAAAACUGCUUUUGUGUUGAUCCUACAAACGGUUGUCAGCUUAGAUAUCUGUUAAACGGAACAAUAAGCAUGUGUUAGUGUAAAUCUGAUCUACCAAAGCUUGAAUAAAAACCAUUCACAGUGCUUGCAUUUUAGAGAAUCACAAUAAAAGUGAUAAGCGUUCAGUGUUUAUUUUAAAGGUUUGUUACAUUUUGCUGAAGGGUGUUAAUAAUGUACAGUUAUCAUUCAAGAGGUAGGGUGGUCCUCUCCCAUCAGCUCUUUGCACGAGCGUAGUGCAAAAAAACCUAUUGCAUGUGUUCAAAUGUCCAUUACCUGUACCUACGCAUAUAUUAGUGCUCGUCAUUGGUAGAAAGUGUGCAAGAAAUUCCUAUUCUUUACCCAAUGUCUAUUUAAGCUACAUCAUGCCAGACAUCAUGACAGCGAAGCCUUCCUCUUAGAAAUGUAAACUCAUAAAGAAAAAGACUUUGGAUACAGCAUACCCCUCUGAAUCCCACCUUCGUAGAAACAGAUUUUUCUUGUUGAAUUAUCAUGCAAGUGUGAAGGAAAGUGAAAAGACAUGGAUAUGGUAAUGUGGGAGUGUGGGAGUGAAGACGAAAGAGACUAAUGCAUUUAACUGUUAGAUGAGGACAUGUACAUUGAGAAACACUGCAUAACUGGAGGACUGUAAAGACCAAUGGAAAGAGGAAUUAAGCCUAUAAUUUAUCAGAUACGUUUAUUUCUCUAAUCAUAAUAUUAAAACUGUCCAACAGCAUUGACAAAUCACAGAUAUUCAUUUAGAUUGUCGGGAAUCAUUAGGCCUGUU